GGUGUCGGGAUGCGAGUGAAGCGCGGAGGAGAAGGUUGAGGGAGCGUUCUGAUGGAGAAGUGUCCAGGGCUUGGUUUGAAAUAAUAAAAAAAAGGAUACCGGUCACCUUCCACCCGCGCUGGGACUCUCGACAAUGAGCACUUCACCGAAAAGGGGCACUUUGAGCUAGGAUGAGGUUAACUUCCGGUGGGGAAUAGUACUAUGAUUUGGUAUGUGGCUACUUUGAUAGCAAGUGUUUUCUGCAGCCGAGGAACGGCCGCUCAAGGUGCCCACGGAGUGCGAGAGGAACCCAAGUUUGUGACGGCGCGUGCUGGAGAGAACGUCAUCCUGGGAUGCGAUGUGUCCCAUCCCUUGAACGGCCAGCCCUACGUGGUGGAGUGGUUCAAGUAUGGAAUGCCAAUCCCCUUCUUCAUCAACUUUCGGUUUUACCCUCCUCAUGUGGAUCCGGAGUAUGCUGGCCGUGCCAGUCUAUAUGGCAAGUCCUCCUUGCGGAUAGAAAAGGUCCGUUCAGAUGACCAGGGCUGGUAUGAGUGUAAGGUGCUGAUGCUAGAGCAGCAAUAUGACACUUUCCACAAUGGCAGCUGGGUGCAUCUAACUGUCAAUGCCCCUCCCACGUUCACAGAUACGCCACCUCAGUACGUUGAAGCCAAGGAGGCUGGGAGCAUCACUUUGACCUGCAUGGCCUUUGGCAACCCCAAACCCUCGGUCAGCUGGCUGCGGGAAGGCAACCUUAUGGUGACCAGUGCCAAGUACAAGGUAUUUGAUGGAAGUUUGACGGUGCUAUCCAUCACGCGGGAGGAUCGUGGUGCCUAUACAUGUCGAGCCUUUAGCCCACAAGGAGAGGCCAUUCACACAACACGGCUGCUAGUUCAAGGCCCUCCGUUUAUUGCGUCACCGCCAGACAAUAUUACUGUCAACAUCUCGCAGGACGCCUUCUUCACCUGCCAGGCGGAAGCCUACCCUCGGAAUCUUACCUACACCUGGUUCUGGGAGGAGGAUAAUGUCUUCUUCAAGAAUGACCUAAAGCGAAGAGUCAGUGUUCUGAUUGAUGGCUCCCUCAUCAUUGCCCAAGUCAAGCCGGAGGAUGCUGGGAAAUACACUUGUGCUCCUAGCAACAGCCUUGGCCACCCACCCACUGCCUCCGCCUACCUGACAGUGCAAUAUCCUGCCCGUGUUGUUAACAUGCCAUCCGUCAUCUACGUGGCCAUCGGUCUGCCAGGCUUUAUCCGGUGUCCUGUCGAUGCCAACCCACCUGUAACUUUGGUCAAAUGGAAGAAAGACGGACUUCCUCUAAGGAUAGAUAAGUACCCUGGUUGGAGCCAAAUGGAGGAUGGGAGCAUCCGUGUGGCAGAGGUGACAGAGGAUUCUCUCGGCACCUAUACCUGCAUGCCUUACAAUGCCCUGGGUUCCAUGGGAUGGUCCCCUCCCGCUCCCCUGGUGCUAAAGGACCCUCCCAAAUUCUCAGUGGUCCCUGGAGGGGAGUACAGACAGGAGGCUGGGAGAGAACUUGUUAUCCCAUGUGAGGCAGAGGGUGACCCAUUCCCUAAUAUAACAUGGAGGAAGGUGGGAAAGUCCAGUAAAAGCAAGCACAAUGUUCUGCCUCGAGGCAGCUUACAGUUCAAGUCACUGACAAAGGAGGACCAUGGAGAAUGGGAAUGUGUUGCCACCAACGUUGCAACGAGUGUCACUGCCAGCACGCAUGUCCAAGUCAUAGGCACAAGCCCGCACUCCCCCACCAGCGUCCAAGUGGUGGCAUCCUCCACCUGGGCCAACGUGUCCUGGGAGGUGGGCUACGACGGAGGCUUCCAGCAGACAUUCUCAGUCUGGUACGGCCAUGUGCUAAAACGAGAGCAUUUAGGUCCCCAUGAUUGGAUGUCCACACCAGUGCCGGCAGGCAGAAAGUGGAUGGCGCUCUCUGGCCUGGAGCCUGAGACAACAUACCAGUUCAGCGUCUUGGCCCAGAACAAGCUUGGCACAGGCCCCUUCAGCGAGGUUGUCACUGUGAACACUUUAGUAUUUCCCAUUAGUACCCCUGAACCACUGGUGCUGCUAACCCCACCACGGUGCCUCACAGCCAAUCGCACGCAGCAGGGAGUCCUGCUCACCUGGAUGCCACCCGCCAAUCACACAGCACCGAUCCAGCAUUAUGUUGUGGAGUUCCGCUUGGGGGAACGAUGGGAGGUCCUGGAUGACAACAUCCCCGCUGGCGAGACGGAGAUGCUCGCUCGUGACCUCAUCCAGGAGGCCUGGUUUGAGUUCCGUGUCUUGGCUGUCAUGGAUGAGAUGAUCAGUGAGCCCAGCAACAUAGUUGGAGUGUCCAGUACAGACUUCUUUCCACCUCCAGAGUUGGUUGAGGAAUCAGGGUUGGCGCGACCAGUCAUGGCCGGCAUUGUGGCCACAAUCUGCUUCUUGGCUGCGGCGGUUCUUUUCAGUACAAUGGCAGCCUGCUUUGUCAACAAGCAGCGGCGGCGGAAGCUAAAACGAAAAAAAGAUCCCCCUCUUUCCAUAACACACUGCAGAAAAAGUAUGGCAUCGCCGCCAUCAUCAGGGAACGUGAGCCCAGAAAGCAUUCGCUCCAAACCCUCCUCCCUAGCAGAAUCAUCAGAGGACAGUCAUUCCCAACGUGGGAAGAAACCACCACUAAGUCCAGGGAAGAAGGAGGAGUCUCUGUACACGAGGACCAAAAGAGCAAUAACCAGCAAGAAAUACAUUUCCAAACUUGAAGCUGAAGCAACAAUACCCAUUGAACUCAUCAGCCGUGGCCCAGAUGGACGUUUUGUCAUUGAUCCUACUGAUGCAGAAUUGUCUGUCAAGUCCCGAAGAAUUGAGGGCUUUCCCUUUGUAGAAGAAUCCGAUCUCUAUCCUGAAUUCCGGCAAUCAGAUGAAGAAAACGACGAUCUGAGACCUCUUCCACCAGUCAUGGCCCCCCUUCGGCCUCACCAGAUUUCACCCAUCUCCAGUCAUGAGUCCUACCUCCAGCCUCCAGCCUACAGCCCUCGUUUUCAGAGGCCUUUUGAAGGUAUGACCAUCAUGGAGAGCAGUCAACUUCAGGCCACAGGGCAGAUUCGAGGCUCACUCCAUCACAGGUCUUUCUAUGGCUACUUGGGCCCGCCUGGAGAUCAUGAUCCUCGUCCUCCUUUUUACAUGACUGAUACCAGUCCCCUUAGCUCUGUCAUGUCUUCCCCUCCGUACCUGAGUGAAGGUCCUUUUGGUUACCCCAUGAUUCCAGAAGAAAUGGGAGAUGGUGAUUUCACACAAUAUUCUGUCUCCGGCUUCCCUUAUCCUCUGACACUCACUUCUUCUUCUCAUUCACCAGAGUUUUGGCGGGGAAUGGAUUUCACCUUCUCAACUAUGGAGGGGCCCCAAUUAAUUUUCCCGCCACAGCCCUCUGUGCGUCUCCGCCAUGACCCUCCGUAUCCACCUCCACCUCAUGUUCUUCCCCUUGGUGCUUUUCAGCCCUCCUCCCUCACGAUGCCUACCUAUCCAUCUGUUUUGCCACUAGUAGGUUCACAGAGCCACUCAAGCAAGUCUCCUGGCAGGGCCAAGCCUCAUGGCUCUCCAGGCAGGCGUUUAGCAAUGCCGGAGGCUCAUUUAGGGCAGCUAAGACACACAAGCCACGGAAUGGGUGUUCCACUUUUUCCUUACACCGAUCCUUUGGCCCACAUCGCCCCAAGCACGUUCAGUAGCCUAGAUACCCGAUGGUUUGAAUCUACCCCUCGUUUUAGUCCAAGACAGAUUCGUAGGAUAGAUUCUGGUGUACAUCAGGUGGUUCUCCAGCCCUCUCGACUUUCCCCUCUCACCCAGAGCCCCUUUAGUUCCCACGAGGGCUCUCCUGAGAUUGUUAUACGUCCUCGGCCUCGUCCAAACAUUGUUCAAGCUCCCAUACCCCCAGAGAUGUCUGAAAUUACCCUGCUACCUCCAUCUACAGCCACCUUCUCAAGGAGAUCUUCCCCUUCUUCCUCACCUGCACUAGGCCAGGGUAGCAGAAGAGCCAGUCCUAGCUAUCGUUCCCACAUGGCCUUUGCUUCAUCUGCGAGCAGCUAUCCAGCUUCCCAGUCCCCAUCACCUCCCAUGGAAAGCAGCAACAUAUGUGGGCAGAUACCAUCUCCGAGGAGGACUGAGGAGGGGAUCCUUCCAUCUGAGCCCUCUCCACCCCAGUUGUCCGCUUCAGGGUGUCUCCACCUCUCAGACCCAACAGGCCCACACCUCUCAGGUAUUACAGCCCGAAGAAGCUCUCUACCUCCACAGGAAGAAGAAACGGCUCCUCUUUCACGACCCAUACACUCGCUUUUCUGCUCUGCUCUACCGCCGCCCUCUACGGGAAGACCAGAAGGCUAUUUUAGCCUGUAUGGACAAUGUAGAACUCGACCACGCCACCUUCCUCUGAAAGUCCACGCAGGUCAAAGGUCAUGUAGAAUAUUUUACACUCCAACAAUAUCUGCUUCUCUUUGCACUUACUGCUUCGGGAGAGGAGCAAUAAUAGUUCAACAUUUCGGUUUGCCGCCCCCUGUAGGUCAACCACAAUGAUCUUGUUUUUAACGACUGCAGAUGACAUCAGAUCAAGAUGCCAAUUAUGCUUCAAAUUUCACUAAAAAUUAAGGUAUUGUGCCGAAAAAUGGCUUCUGGAAUUAUUACUCAAAUCUCCAAGCAUGUUGGCUGUAGGCUACAUUGUUGAAGAUGGAUCACAAAUAUGUUAUCCUGCACCAACAUUAUUUUGACUACUUCCACAUUUCUGAUCAGAUUCAAACUAUUCCCACUUCAAAAUUAAUUUUCUUUUUAGCUAUAGACACAUUACACAAACAUUCCUUCAUUUAAGGAUUUUUUUCAAAAAUCUAAUUGACAUAUUUCCACAUUUCCCCUCCAAUAUUUCAGUAUCAAAAACGUUGUUACUGAUAUUUUUCAUGUUCCUAAAAAUCCACAACACAAAUACACAAAUAUUCGUCAGUAUUCUAAGUUACAGCUUCCACAUUUCUCAAUCGAAUCCAAAAAUGAUCCGUUUUCCGAAAAUUCCCUAUAUGCCAAUUUCUCACAUUUCUUAACCCAUUCACACCAUUUCAUGCCCUAAACAUUCAGGCUAACAAUUUUACCACAUCUCAGAAAUUCCCAUUUUUCCUGUAAGGAUUGUGAACGACAGAAAAAAAAAAUCCCCCAAAAAGUGAAGUUCCACUUAAAAAUGUGAAUUCUGACUUGCAAACCUCAGAAGAGCAAAGAACAUGACUAACUUCUAGUACUCUAAGGGCGUACUCACACUGUCAUUUGUAUCAUGAUUGACUUGGGUACCAUUCCCUGAUCCCCACCGGCCUGCGUUCACACAGAUCAUCCGACGCUUUAGAGAGAAUAGAGGUUGCCUUUCGACGUCUACUU